GAUCAUGCAGUAUGGGGAUACCUCCUGGGUAUGCGCGCGCAUCCCCCGGAUCUAACGACGUUCGUGCAGUACACGACCGCGUUCCUGCUUGGGAGUACGCUCCUUCACAGCGCGGCCUGCACUAUCAACGACAUCUGUGACCGUGAUUUCGAUCGUCCAGUCGAGCGGACCAAGAACAGGCCUAUUGCCUCAGGUACGGUCACGGUCUUCCAGGCGACGGUCUUCCUGCUGGUCCAGGUCGGGGUCUUCGUGUGGGUGUUGACCCUAGUGAACCGUACGGCUUUUUUGUGUGGGAUGUUCGGUGUUCCCGUUGCACGCUUUAUACCCGCUCCUGAAGGUGUCACGAACUGGCCCCAGGCCUGGCUGGGGCUGGCAAUGAACUGGGGCUUGCCGACGGCAUGGCUGAUGACCAGACCGGAAGAUACUAGGUCUGUCCCCAUGUGGACGUUGAGUUUUGGUACAUUCUGCUGGACUAUCUUCUACGAUACCAUCUACGCUUGCCAGGACCGGAAAGACGACGUUGAAGCCGGUGUCAAGUCGACCGCGCUCCUCUUCGGCGCGUACGUCAAGCCGAUCCUCAGUCUCUUCGGCGCGGCGUUCGUCGGUACCCUUGCGUACGCCGGUACGGAGACUAGCAUGCCUCUACCGUACUUCGUCAUUGGCGUCGGCGGCUGCGCUCUGCACAUGAUCUGGCAGCUGGGGACGCUCGACGUUGGCAUCCCGCAAGACUGCGAGCGGAAGUACAACUCCAAUGGUGACUUGGGGUAUAUCGUCGCUGGUGGGAUGCUGGCCGCCAUGUACACCCCAGACCUCCUUCAGUUCUGAGGGCGACCCCACUGCCCGGAUACGGUGUGUUUAUGAUUGGGUGAGGCUGGGUUCCGAGACACAAGGGGAUAGACGGGAACGAGAUGGCAGAUGUGGAGGCGAAGGAGGCGGUGCGAGGGGACAGCAGCCCGGACGAGCUUCUCCCGACUUGGCUGAAGGAGAAACUACAAACGAGCCUGUCCAAG